CUUCACUCAUUUCACUUGAUAUUAGCAAAUACAUACUCAAUAAGGGAAAAAUGGUGAGCGUUCACGAAAUUUGCAAGGCUCAACGUGCCGAGGGUCCAGCCACUGUCAUGGCCAUUGGAACAGCAAAUCCUCCAAAUUGUUUUGAUCAAAGCACCUAUCCUGACUAUUACUUCCGUGUUACCAACAGUGAGCACAAGACCGAGCUUAAAAAGAAAUUCAAACGCAUGUGUGACAAUUCCAUGAUCAAGAAGCGCUAUCUGUACUUGACUGAAGAGAUUUUGAAAGAAAACCCUACAAUGUGCGAAUACAUGGCACCUUCAUUGGAUGCUAGGCAAGACAUUGUGGUGGUUGAAGUUCCAAAGCUAGGCAAAGAAGCAGCCACCAAGGCCAUUAAAGAAUGGGGUCAGCCCAAAUCCAAAAUUACCCACUUGGUGUUUUGCACCACGAGUGGUGUUGACAUGCCCGGUGCUGACUACCAACUCACUAAGCUCUUGGGUCUUCGUCCAUCUGUUAAACGUUUCAUGAUAUACCAACAAGGUUGCUUUGCUGGUGGUACGGUUCUUCGCCUUGCCAAAGACUUGGCUGAGAACAACAAAGGUGCUCGUGUCCUUGUUGUGUGUUCAGAAAUUACCGCGGUUACAUUUCGUGGUCCUAGCGACAUUCACCUUGACAGUCUUGUAGGUCAAGCCUUGUUCGGCGAUGGUGCAGCUGCUGUCAUUGUUGGUUCUGAUCCAAUACCUGAAGUUGAGAAGCCUAUUUUUGAAUUAGUCUCUACAGGUCAAACAAUUUUGCCUGAUAGUGAUGGGGCUAUUGAUGGACAUCUUCGUGAAUUUGGGCUUAUGUUGCACCUAUUGAAAGAUAUCCCUGGGCUUGUUUCAAAGAAUAUCGAGAAUAGCUUGGUUGAGGCAUUUCAACCUUUUGGUAUUUCGGAUUGGAACUCACUCUUUUGGAUUCUACACCCUGGUGGCCCAGCAAUUUUGGACCAAGUUGAACUUAAAUUGGGUCUCAACAAAGAGAAGUUACGUGCCACAAGACAGGUGCUUUCUGAAUAUGGUAAUAUGUCAACUGUAUGUGUCUUGUUUAUUUUGGAUGAAAUGAGAAAAAAAUCAGUUGAAAAUGGAUUAAAGACCACAGGAGAAGGUCUUGAGUGGGGAGUACUCUUUGGACUUGGACCUGGACUUACUGUUGAGACAGUUGUCCUCCAUAGUGUUACUGUGGCUUGAAGAUUGUCAUUGUUCUGUUUUAAUUUUUAUUGUCCUUACUUUUCUAUUUUCUCAUGUUAUUUGGCUUGUGUUAUCAAGAAGUAAUAAUGUUGCAAAAGUAAUAAUGAAAUCUCAAUCUUUGCAAAUGAA